GACAGCUGUAAAAAAAGUAGAGACACAAAAUCAACAAAAACAACCCAUUUUAGUUAUUUAAUUUUUUUUAAAUAUUUGCCAGAUUUUUUUUUAAUUUUUUGUUGAAUAAAUUUGUGUUAAGUAAACGCAUUCGGAAUAUUGCAUGUGAGAAAAUGUGUUCAAAAUAUUUACAAAAUCGAAAAGUCAAGUGAAAAAUUAAUUACGUUUCUAACAAAGCAAUUACACAGUCGCCAAGUAUACGAUGGAUUAUGUAUAUUGUGGAAAUGAAGGUAGUGGUCGACCCGACGAUAUCAUCACAUUGACAAUGUACGACACACAAAAUGGUAACGAUGCCUAUCCAGCGUCCAAUUUUACGACAUUUAAUAUCGGUCAAAAUGUUCCCGAGUACCUUGAAAUGGGUACCAUUUUGGCCGAUGGAGGUGAAAAUUUUGGAGUUUCGACCAUCCGAUUUGAUACACACGAAGAACUCAUAUGGAUGGGGAAUGAAGGGGGUCAUGUAACUUCAUACUACAGCGGAGCUUUGCAGAAAUACACGUCAUUCCAAGUGCAUGCAAGUGAAAUGGUUCGUGAAAUCAUUACAAUUGACAGUGGUAUACUGGCAUUAACGUCGACAUCACUGCGACAUCAAAUCCGUCGAGGCAUACCAAAAUUCACGCAUCGAUCCCGGAAUAUGACAGAUAUGGUGUGCAUGAUACAAAUGGCACCGAAUCGAUUAAUUAUGGGUGGUCAUCAGGAGGUUAUCAUUGACUUUGACCUGGCCACUGCUACCGAAACGAAAUUGCUUUACUGUGGUGGCAAUGGAUCGGCUGUGUUUCGACUUCAUCCACGAUUUCUAUGCGUUGGCGAUGCAUAUGGAACAGUAGCACUCCGAGAUCCCAAUUCAUUGAGCAUAGAACACACUGUAACCACACAUGAAGGCAGUUUAUCUGACUUUGAUGUUCAGGGUAAUUAUUUGAUUUCGUGUGGUUUCGUUGAACGACAAGGAACAUUAGAAUGUGAUCGAAUUCUAACGGUACACGAUCUGCGAAUGCUUCGAAGUCCGAUUGCACCGAUUCAAGUACUUAUCGAACCGUAUUUACUGCGAUUUUUACCACAAGAAUACAAUCGACUCGCUGUCAUAUCAGCCAUGGGACAAAUUCAACUUGUCGACACCGUUGAAUUGACCGAACCAAGAGUUUGUAUGUAUCAGAUAAACACCAACGGAUCACAAUGUUUAUCGUUUGAUAUUUCUUCAUCGAAUCAAGCGAUGGCCUUUGGUGAUCAAUCGGGUCACAUAAAUUUAAUCUCAUCCAUUGCAACGCAGAGUCCGCAAUUCAAUUCAUAUUCACGUGAAACCGAAUUUGCGGAUCCGAUUCCGACACUGCCGUCAGUACCAAUAACGGACACAACAUUUCCAUUGUCUUCGAUUCCAUUGCCGCAUUUGGUGACUGGUGAAAAAUGGCUCAGUGACUUUCCAGCAGAGCUACUCACAUACCGCUAUCGUACACCAAAACCAAUUGAUUCGGAAAUUUUGGGCACUAUUAAAAUGCAAGGACCGAUUGGAUAUGCUCCAAAUCCAAGAAAAACUAAGAGAAAUCAGGUACCAUACUUCUUAGAUAAAACCAAUUCCAAUGGUUUAAAUUCAUCGUCUCAAGCGAAUUCAUUCGGUAAAAAUGGCACAGAAAAUUCAAUAAAAAUCAUUCCAAAAAGAUAUCGUAGAAACGAAGUGAAAUACACAAAAUUGGGCACACAAGAGUUUGAUUUCGAUCAGUAUAAUCAGACGAUUUUCGCUGGUCUAGAAGCAACAUUACCAAAUUCAUACUGCAAUUCAAUGCUUCAAAUUCUGUAUUUCAUAGCGCCGUUGCGUGAAACACUUCUAUCGCAUUCGUGUAUGAAAGAGUUCUGUCUAUCAUGUGAAUUGGGCUUUUUAUUUCAUAUGCUUGACACCUCAGAUGCACCGUGCCAGUCGAGCAACUUUUUACGAUCAUUCCGAACUGUUCCUGAAGCAUCCGCACUUGGUCUCAUUCUCAGCGAUCGCAUUAUGAACGCAAAUGUGGAUUUCAUUGAGUUGAUUCAGAAUUGGAAUCGCUUCAUUUUGCAUCAAAUGCAUUAUGAAAUUCUCGAAGCUCGAAAAAACAAGCAACCAUCAGUAGAUACAACUAGUUCACAAGACUUCUUUUACGUGGAAUCUGAAUUUCCGGCAUUGCAUUUGACCGAAUUCGUUAAUGCAAAAACGAAAACGGCGAAAAAUGUGGAAAUGUUUCAAUAUAUCGAUGUAAAUAAUCCGGGUGAAAACAAAGAAAAACCCGAAGGAACCACCGAAGAUGGACGAGAUGAAGAGACUGAUAUUAGUCGUUUGUUUGGUACAAAACAGACGUGUGUUCAUCGCUGUUUGAAGUGCAACGAAGAGAAAAUCAAAACCAACAUUCUUCUCGUUUGCAAUCUUUUGCUGGGUCAAAACAAUCGCGAAAUCGAACACAUGAGUUUCAGUCAAGUACUUCGGAAUUCGCUAAGCGUUGAGAAAACCACGCCGGCAUUUUGUGAAACGUGUAAAAAAUUCACGCCAACAAAUCAAUACGCUCGUGUAACGGAACUGCCGCAAAUACUCUCGAUCAAUUGUGGCUUAAAAAAUGAGAAAGAAAUGAAUUUUUUGAAGCGUCAAUUGAAUCGAAAUUCAGGAAAUGGUUCAACGUCAACCGAAACGACAUCGGCCCCAUCGAGUAGUACACCAAUUAAACCGUGCCGAUAUGGCAUCAAUUGUUCGAGGGUUGAUUGCCAUUUUGCUCAUUCAGAUCGAAAAUCACCAGCAUCAGUCAACACCACCGCGAAUACGACAAAUUCGAAUGGAAAUCAUCGAUCGAAUAUUUGGUUUCCACAUAGCUUUGUAAUGGAAAUCGAUGAAGCUAAUGAACUUAAAAUUCAGUCGACCAACGAUCAAGAAGAUGAAUCCAUAACUAGUAUUAAAUCAACGGAUAAGACGUCAGAUGAUCCGGAUGUAUCGGAAUUGACGAUAACAGACGACGAAGACAAAACUACAGAAGAAACCGAAGAAAGCAAACAAACGGAGAGAAAAACUUAUAAACUAACAGCAGUCGUGUGUCAGGUUAUCAAUGGCAAUCAAAAAAAUUUGGUGGCACUAGUUUCAGUUGGCGAACAGUAUCACAAGGCGAAACUUGCCGAAUGUGACCCAAAUAUGGGCGGACAAUGGUAUAUUUUUAAUGAUUUCAGUAUUGCACCCGUCUCAGAACAGGAAGCCGUUUGGUUUACACUCGACUGGAAAGUUCCAUGUGUUCUAUUUUACUCGUCAACAGAGGCUAUUGCUCAUAAUGGAAAAGACAUAACUAUCGAAGCAAUGUCAAGCAAUCCAUUUAUCCAUGAUAUUUUCAGUCAGCAAAUCUGCAAAAACAAGCAGUAUGAUCUCACAUUCAAGCCAUUGACUAGUGAUGAAAUGCCGAAGAAAGGUGAUCUUGUUGCAAUGGACGCUGAAUUUGUUACUUUAAAUCCAGAAGAGAACGAAAUUCGACCCGAUGGAAAAACGGCCACCAUUAAACCAAGUCAUAUGAGCGUGGCUCGUAUCACUUGCAUUCGAGGGAGUGGCACAGAUGAGGGAGUUCCGUUUAUGGAUGACUAUAUCUCAACACAAGAGCAGGUUGUUGACUAUCUCACAAAAUUUUCAGGCAUUAAACCAGGAGACUUAGACGCUAAUUUUAGUAAUAAACAUUUAACAACACUGAAAAGUUCUUAUCAAAAACUACGUUAUUUGGCUGAUAUUGGUGUGAUUUUUGUGGGACACGGGCUAAAAAAUGAUUUUCGUGUUAUAAACAUGGUGGUGAAUCCAGAUCAAGUUGUGGACACAGUGGCAUUGUUUCACCUGCCACAUAUGAGAAUGGUAUCGUUAAAAUUUCUUGCAUGGUAUUUUUUGAACGAAAAAAUUCAGUCGGAAACGCAUGAUUCGGUUGAAGAUGCACGUACAGCGCUUCAACUCUAUAAGCAUUAUUUGAAAAUCGUUGAAGAAGGUAAUCUCGUGCGUGAAAUUACUAAUUUAUAUGAAAAGGGUAAACAACACGGCUGGAAAGUUCCCGAUGAUGAGUAAUUUGGUUUUAAUCAAUCACGCUUUACGCUAAAAUGUAUAUUUCGAAAAAUUGAAUGCAUUUGUAAAUUAUUUUUUUCAAUAAAAUUUUAUCGUUUGAAAUAAAAGUA